UAUGGCCGUGGCUAGCAGCAUGUAUCUGCGGCGUUAGACUCCACAAUUGUCUCGCAUUUUUAAAUUAAGCUGUUUUUAAUCUGUUUUGUACGGUUUCGCGUGUUUUAUAAACGCACAGAAAGCAUCCGUCUCGUCACCGGAGAUGGGAGUCCCGGCGUUUUUCCGCUGGCUGAGCCGGAAGUAUCCGUCUAUCAUUGUUCACUGUGUGGAAGAGAAGGGAAGAGAAUCUAAUGGAGUCCGUGUUCCCGUCGACACGACGAAGCCCAAUCCCAACGAGGUGGAAUUUGACAACUUGUACUUGGACAUGAAUGGGAUCAUUCAUCCUUGUACACAUCCUGAAGACAAACCUGCACCCAAAAAUGAAGAUGAGAUGAUGGUGGCCAUUUUCGAGUACAUUGACCGUCUCUAUAAUAUCGUGCGGCCCAGGAGAGUUUUGUACAUGGCCAUCGAUGGUGUCGCCCCGCGCGCCAAAAUGAACCAGCAGCGCUCUCGCCGUUUCCGUGCCUCCAAAGAAGGAGUGGAGCUGACGGACGAGAAGCAUCGCAUCAGGGAGGAGAUCAUCCAGAGAGGAGGUUACCUUCCACCUGAGGAGAUUAAAGAGAGGUUUGACAGCAACUGCAUCACUCCAGGAACGGAGUUCAUGGACAACCUGGCACAUUGUCUUCGAUACUAUGUCGCAGACAGACUCAGCAAUGAUCCGGGGUGGAAGAAUGUUACCGUCCUUCUGUCUGACGCCAGUGUUCCAGGUGAAGGCGAGCACAAGAUCAUGGACUACAUCCGCAGACAGAGAGCUCAACCCAACCACGACCCCAACACUCACCACUGCCUGUGUGGAGCCGACGCUGACCUGAUCAUGCUGGGCCUCGCCACGCACGAGCCAAACUUCACCAUCAUCCGAGAAGAGUUCAAACCCAACAAACCGCGGCCGUGUGCUCUCUGCGGACAGAUGGGUCACGAAAUCAAAGACUGUCAGGGGACGGCCAGAGAGAAGCAGGGAGAGCACGACGAGUUUGCCGGCACGGUGCCGGUCUCUGAGCAGGAGUUCAUCUUCAUCAGACUGUGUGUUCUGAGAGAGUAUCUGGCCAGAGAACUGACCAUGGCCAGUUUGCCGUUUCCCUUUGACUUUGAGAGGAGCGUCGACGACUGGGUCUUCAUGUGCUUCUUUGUCGGGAACGACUUCUUACCUCACCUGCCGUCCUUGGAGAUCAGAGAAGGAGCGAUCGAUCGACUGGUCAGAAUCUACAAAGACGUCGUGCACAAAACUGGGGGUUACCUGACGGAGAACGGCUACGUCAACCUGGAGCGGGUGGAGCUGAUCAUGCAGGCGGUGGGCGUGGCCGAGGACAACAUCUUCAAGAAACGCAAAGAGGACGACGAGAGCUUCAAGAGGAGAAUGAAAGACAAAAAGAAGCGGAUGAAAGCGGAGCAGCGAGGCCCCGCCUACCUGACCACGGGCCAGUUCGCCCCACAGGCUCUGGGGAGAAGAGACCGACCCGACGCGGUCCAGAACGCUCGCCAUCAGGCGUACGACAUGAGGAUGCAGAGGGAGCAGCACAACAUGGACGCAGCUCAGUCUUUGAAGGCCAUGAUGAAGAACGGAGGCAACUCGUCUGCGGGGACGAGCGACAGCGCAGACAACAGGGGGGUGAAGAGGAAAGCCGGCGACAGCGACAGCGAACCUGAGCCUGAAGACAACGUCAGGCUGUGGGAGGACGGCUGGAAACAGCGAUACUACAAGACCAAGUUUGACGUGGACGUGAGCGACGAAGACUUCAGGAAGAAGGUGGUGAAGUCGUACGUGGAGGGACUGUGCUGGGUGCUGCGCUACUACUACCAGGGCUGUGCCUCGUGGAAGUGGUACUUCCCGUUCCACUACGCCCCGUUCGCCUCCGACUUCAAAGACAUCAAAGAGAUGUUCACCGAGUUUGAGACGGACACCAAACCGUUUAAGCCUCUGGAGCAGCUGAUGGGAGUGUUUCCUGCCGCCAGCGGUAACUUCCUGCCCCCGACAUGGCGGAACCUGAUGAGCAGCCCUGAUUCCUCCAUCAUUGACUUUUACCCCGACGACUUCGCCAUCGAUCUCAACGGCAAGAAGUACGCGUGGCAAGGCGUGGCUUUGUUGCCGUUUGUGGACGAGCGGCGGUUGAGGGCGGCGCUGGCCGACGUUUAUCCCGACCUCUCAGCAGUGGAAGUGAAGAGGAACAGUCUGGGAAGUGACGUCAUGUUCCUCAGUAAAUCUCACCCGCUCUUCGACUUCAUCCAUGAACUUUAUCGCACAGAAGCUCGAGAGGGAACUGAGAUUCCUGCAGAGCUUUGCCAUGGAAUCCAAGGUACAUUAAAUCUUGAUGACGACCCUAUUCUACCAGAUAAUCCGGUGACGUCGCCCAUCCCGAUGCUGCGAGACAUUUCACAGAACAGCGCCAUCGGAGUGAAGUUCAAGGAUCCGCAGUAUGCAGAUGGCUUUGUGUUUAAGGCGGUUCUCCUGCCUGACGCCAAGAUGCCGACCAAGGUUCUGAGACCGGACGAGUGGGUGAAAGGAAACGGGGAAUCAUGGAGACCUCAGCUGGGCUUCAACUCAAACCGGCAGCAGGUUCACCUGGACCAGUCAGGCUUCAGAGCUCUGGGUCACAGCAUGAACAGAAACCAAGGCAGAGGACAGUACAGCAACGCUCCACCACCAAACAGCUACCAGCACGGAAACUACCGUUCUUCAGCCAGCGGCGGCCACCAGCCUUUCCAACAUUCCAGGCAGAACAGUCUGCUCGGAGCUCCGCCCUCUUUCCACCAGCCACAGUAUCCGAGGCAACAGCAGCAGCGCGGAGGUCACGGCUGGGAUCGAGCCGUUCAGUCACAACAAUCUGCGUACCAGCAGAACAUGAACCGUGGCUGGGGAGGCGGAGCCACCAGUGGUGGGGGCGGGGCAACCCCUGGUGGCGGUGGUGGUUACCAGCAGCAGCAGCAGCAGCACUAUGAUCAGCGUCGUGAUGAUUGGCACGAUCGCAGAGACAACAGGGGGCAGCACCAACAGGGUUACGGCUCAGGCCGAGGUUUCCCGCCUCCUCCUCCGUCAAGAAGAUACAACUGGAAAUGAAAAGACGGAGCAAGCUUUUCUUUUUUUUUUUAAAGAAAAUCAAAAGAAUGAGUUCUUUUUCUUUUCUUUUCUUUUUUAUCGUCUUGUACACUGAUUUUUUUUUUUCCCUUUUUAUCCUACUUUGAACAGAGGAAACACACGUGUGUAACUUGUGAUUUUUAAGCCAAACGACCUGUAAAACUUGUCCAAAACAAGUGAGUCAAAAAUGUUUGUUUCUGAGAGAAAUCUCCAAAAAAAGCUUCUGUGUUCAAACAAAUCAACGAAUAAAAACCGUGGAGGAAACGAAA